AAACGCACGUGUACUGGGCGUUUCUUUAUCGAAACGGACGUCCAAUCACCGAGCAGUAUUUUUGAAUAAAUCUGCAUAUUUUGAACCAGGGGUACACCCAAGCGCUGAUUGGUUACGAGAACUAAGAACAGCCAAUCGAGUAAAUGACAAGCGCUCAGCUGGCAGAAAAGCCCCGCCUUUUAUGUAUUAAGUAGUAAACCCCGGAAACGCCGUCGUUUAAAGGCACAGGGGAGAAAUCACAGGCGAAAGGUUGGAACAACGAAAACAGCUGCGAGCACUCCAAAAAACAGAUAGCGACACGAGAAGACGAGUAAUUGUGCUCGAAAGAGUCGGAAAACGACCUUAACAUCCUCCGGAGAAAGAGAUACGACGCGUACUUAAGGCGCUCGAUGGUAAUUUUGGAGCUUGGAACUCGAUUUUGGCCCUGUACCUACUUGGAAUCCGUCAAAGCGAUCAACACGACAAAAAAAGCUAUCCAAAGGGCCAAACGGCACGUCAGUGCAGGUCGCCUGGCACGGAUUUACCUUUCGGAGUGGACAUUCUCCCCCAGGAGGAAAAACAAGGCUCGAAACAAGCAAGCGCGGCGACUCUCAACACUUCUGGAGGAAGUCGAGCAAAGUGGGGCAAAAAACGACCUGGAAAGCACCCUCAUCCGACUAAAGAGAGGAAGCCGACGAGAAGCUUCGCCCGAGCCGAGGUCAGCUGUCAUUCCAUCCCCCUUGUCCACGAGGUGACAUCAGAUUGCCAAACUGUACCAGAGCUCCUGCAAUCCAAUCGGCAGGUUGACGGCUAAGAUCAGGACGGUCUCCGCUCGUGUUGGGUUUAAAGGGAUUCGGGUUGUUAUGACCCUGUCAUGAUGUCACAGGCAUUCUGCAAACCACGCCCAGGUGACGAAGGCGGCCGUGCGUGGCUGUCGGCCAAUCACAGAUGGAGUCCCACUAGAGUCACUUCUGGCUCGGGAGGAACUUCACUCAGGAGCCUGAUGCAACACUGACGUAUCACUUUGAUGAUUUGGUGGUAGACAUGCUGCUUUUAUAGAGCCAUUUUUCCCCCCGGAUACAACUUCCAGAUGCUGUGUGUCUCCGUGGGACACAUUAGAGAAGGGCAGGCACAGAGGGGCUGUGCGACUCAUCUUGCUGAUUCACGCUGGACGGCAGUCACAAAACGGGAACUAUAGGACUUGACGGUUCUGUGGAACCUCCUUUUCUGGCUCGCGGUGCUCGUUGAGGACCCCGUUGCGCUCACAUAAGCCAGGACUGCCAUCUUCCAGACAUAGGAAACAUGCGGCACAUCCAUGUGGAGCUUUCUCACAAAAAAGCUCCACUCGAGCUUCCAGCCCAGGAGGGGGACCUGCCUCCUCCUACGGCGCCUGCACUGGGCCCGGACUCGGGGGUGAGACCGGGGGCUGCCCGGCACUUUGACCAAGAGGACUUGCGACAUCAAAAGGUCUAUCAGCUCUCCAUUUUCUCACAGUUAGGUGGAUUCGCUACCUCCACAGAGUCCCACAACGAUGCCCAAACGAGGCCGGUUCGCGUGGGCGUGAAACGGGGGCUCGAGGAGCCCCAGUUGACUCACAAGCGCCCCCAUGUGGCGGACUGCUCUGACAUAGAUGUACUGGAGGGAGGAGUGCUGUGUGGGCCCGCUCCGAUGCCCGCGGUGUUGAUGGGCUUAGUCAGGAGCUCUGGCGGUUGCGGUUCUCUCUAUUCCUGCACACAAAUGGAGCACAGAGACUCUGAGGCCGGGUCGUUGCCCAGAUCCCCCCCACUGUCCCCGAACCACAACCCCUCCCGUCGGCCAGCUCAGCACAAUCACGACAGGCCCGUCCCCGAUGCGUUCGCUCCCCUCUCGCCAAAAUCCCCCCCGAUGUGUGACCCUUCUCUGGGAAUCUCAGCCAGACCCGAAGCGCCGAACGGGGGGCGCACCCCCACCUAUUCCAUAGGAAGCCCUGGACAUGAGAGUUGUAGCAAUGGCACAGCCGGAGGCCUGCCCAGCCCCCAUAUGUAUGACAUGCCCACAUACGAGCCCCCGAGCCCCGCCAGUCCCACAAGCCCCCCGGGCCCCUUCUCCCCCCCACACCACACAGAACUCCAAGAACCAGGAGAGGCCACCGAAUGGGACGUCGGGCUGGAAUCCUCCCCGCCUGAGCGAAGCGCCACCCAGACCGCUUCUUCCUCGAAUGGCCUGGCUUCGUGGGAGAAGACUCCCAGCAGCAACGGCCACCGUUUGUCAGCAGCGGGCCACUGGCCGGCGAAGAAGAGGUUGCUGUCCCCGAGCGAAACCGCCGAGUCGUGCUCGGAAGACGAGGGGCCGUCGACCUCCAAGAGGAGCAGGCUCUCGUUGCUGGCUCCGGGGCUGGGAUCAUGUCGUAGCACUGAUGCUAAAGCUGCUCCUUACUGGAACCACCUUCUUCCUUCUAAGUGUGCCACAGACUGUACGAGAUCAGGGAGACGACUGAAAAGUGGCCCACGUGUAAAAAGCCGGCAGCUGCGCAGCGGUAGACAUGCGGACAGCAGAACCUUGGCCCGUUCCAGCUGGCCCUCUUCUUCCAUCAGCAGAUCACUAUUAGGAAACUUUGAGGAGUCCAUGCUAAAGGGUCGCUUCUCGCCAUCGGGCCGCAUCGAAGGCUUCACGGCGGAAAUCGGCGCCAGCGGCUCCUACUGCCCGCAGCACGUCACGUUGCCCGUGCAGGUUACGUACUACGACAUCUCCGAGCACAGUGCCCCCUCGCCCUUCCUGGGUUUGAUAUCCUUGGAGCAGCUUGGAAAGAAAGGAUACAGCAUACCCAAAGCGGGGACCAUUCAAGUGACCUUAUUUAAUCCCAACAAAACUGUGGUAAAGAUGUUCCUGGUGACCUACAACUUUGACGACAUGCCUACCAAUCACAUGACGUUCCUGCGUCAUCGCAUCUUCCUGAUGCCUGUCGAGGAGGAGGGAGACGGCAAGAAACACGGAUCGGCAGGGAGCGCGCCGCUAGACGGCAGGAAGAUUCUCUGCUACCUGAUACAUCUCAGAUUCCACAGCUCCAAAUCUGGGAAGAUCUACUUGCACAAUGAUAUCCGGCUGCUAUUCUCCCGCAAGCCCGUGGAAGUGGACACGGGGAUCCCUUACGAACUGAAAUCUUUCACCGAGGUGCCAAGUAACCCCAAAUACUCCCCCCGUGUGUGACCUUCCUGCGCUUCCUAAAGAAGAGGGAGCCAAACAGACUGGAUUUGACAAGGACAGAAAAACAGACGGACAGACUGGAUUAGGGAAGCCAAACGCCUACAGGACUCGCUCUUGAUCCAGCGCGGGUCAAAAGUCUGUACAGAGAAAUGCACAAACACUGACUCACACACACACACACACACACACAUACAUAAACACCGCUGACUGAAUUCAGACUUCACACGUCCGGUGGCGACUCAUGUUUAACUUGCAUGCCUUGUGACUUCAACACCUGAGUUUUCCUCGAGUGCCGUACUUAUCACACUGUCCUUCACUCUGCCCGCACACGUAGCACAAAAAGUCAUUUUGCUCUUCACGAAAGGGUGAUUGAAUUGAAAGGCAGGGUGCGGUGGAUAGACACUAAAGAGAAAGUGUGAGUGAGGAUAUCGGUCAGUCGUGUAAGAAGACCCCAAUGUUAUUUGACACUUCGAAUCAACAAAAACACAUCAACUUCCUGUUAUGUGGCCAGACUGAGGGACAAUGUGCUAUUUGUUUUUUUUUGUUUUUUUUUUUAAAGAUUUUAUUUUUUUAGAUUCUGUUCGGAGCAGUCUGAUGUCGGAGCAGAAGAAUGAAAAUGUGUAGUAUUUUUUAAUUUAUGGAUUUUGUUUUUUUUUUCGCAAAAUGUCUUAAGAAGCAAUAUGCUGCACAAAAGUAGAGUGUGUUCUUUAAGCCAGAUGACCUUUCGCUCUCUGGGAGGGGGCGGGACUUGAGGGAGGGAGGGAGGGGCGGGGGGGGAUUUAAUGACAGGGGGGAAAGUAUAUGUACAUAUGAAUAAACUUUGCGACUGUCAAGAACAA